GUUUCAGGUGUGGAGUUGGUUGCUAAGGACUCAUCGCUCCGUGGCAACACCAGGUGGUUAGUUAUUGUGACACCAUCAAUAGGGCUGCAUGUGGAUCCUGCAGGUGAGAUGGUGUCUGGAAAACAAGGUGUUCAGUCCAGGUUUGCUCCAUCAAACAGAAUCUUGGAGCUGGCACAGCACAAAACCUCAAAAACUGUUUGGGCCACAACUCCUUGUGAGAAGCUGAACUGGGGCAACCAGGAGCCAAUAUGGCCCAUCUCCGCUUCAGCGCUCGGAGCCGCUCCAAGUGCAAGAAUCCAAUACCUAGCCAGGCACAAAAGAGACUUCUCAGCAAGGGAGGACCACCGGAGGAAGGAGGAGGAGGCGAGCUUCUUCAGGAAGACCCAGCGUCCUUCCUCCAAGGCGUCCCAGUAUGAAACCAUUGUGCGUCUGUCAACGCCCAAAACCAGGAAGCGCAGCUCCCAGGAAGACGGGCGUCCUCACACGUCUCUCUGUGAUAAUAACUGUCCCGUCUGGCACCUUGAUCCCAGACUGAAAACUGUUGUGAUCACUCCUCGACUGCUGCAGCUCUCCAACCCCAAACCCACCCACCCGGACUUCCAGGGCGACAGGGGGAGCGCCGCUUCCACCGUCUCCUCGGCGUCCAGGGCCGCUCGGAUCUCUCAGAGACUGGUCCAGCUGUCGCUGCCCAAACUGAAGGAAAGCAACAUUUGCUAUGAAUUAGGACGUCCAGAGGAAUCCAUCUGGACUGUUUCCAGGGCUGCGAGGAGAACCUCAGCGAGCCUUCGCGUUGAGAUGCUGGCGGCACCGAAGCAGCUUUCCGAGGACUACGUCCCUCCAAGAGAACCGGAGUGGAACCGGAAAACCGUCGAGCGGACAUGAGCAUCCAUCAGCAUCACAACCAAGUCAGUGUAGCUCUGAUUUCUGCACCAGUAUGUCAUGUUAACACAGUAAUGAAGGUGAUUAUAAUUUCUGUUUUCUAAAUGACUUUGAGCCAAUAAUCACAAGUUUUGCUGGCAAAGAGAAAAAUAGAGUUUUAAGACGUCUAUGUGAUACCAUCAGCAUGUGUGUGGAAGCUAAACAGAGUGUUGGAUGUAUCUGGUCCGUGUCUUUGAUCGUUUUGGCAGAAAAGGUGAGUUAUGUUGGGAAUAAAAACACGUCGUGGCUCCGAUCUGAGCGUCGGGGCGAUAUAUAAUGAUCCUCAACCGUUUUUCCUUUCCUUUGCAGCUGGGCCGGAUUCUGCGUUUUUUUAUUACAACCAUGUGUGUACGAAUCCUCGACAAUGUUACAGGUUUUUGUUCUGUGUGAAUGUUUUUUUUUUUCGGGGUCUUUUCCUCCAACGGGCCUCAGUUCAGUUACCAAAGGGAAACUUUAAUCUGAUUUAUGAAAAGUGUUGGGAGGCGGCGGCCGGCGCAGUUCCUUAGAUGAACGCAACUUGUUUGUGGCCGAGGGAAAGCAGACAUCAGAGGAGACUGUCGGGAGGUUAAUCUGAGAUUAGCCCGCUGCCACCGUGACCUACGACUGUGAAGUACAGAGGAGGAGGAGGAGGA